UGAACGCCGACGCCGGCCAACCCGAGCGUCGGCAAGCGCAGCCGGCCGUGGCGCCGAUGCCGAGCGCCGCGCCCGUUAACAGCGUGGGGAAUGCGGCAAGAGCGACAGGCACGGCGAAAGGACAGCGGGCGUUCGCCGACGGCUGGGGUCAGCUCGAGAAAGGCCUGGAAGAGGGGGAGCAGGGAAGCAGAAGAGCAGAGGUAUAAGAAGGAGACGGUUCUCCGUUGCUGGAUUCAGACAGGGAUGGCACGGUGGAGUAUGCUGGGGCUUUUCCUGUGCGGCAUAGUGUCUCCGGUUAAGAUUUACAGAGCAUGGACAGCGAGAGAGAAAGCCACAGAUCGGAAACGGUGUCAGACAAACACGACACAGCAAUGGACAUGACGGACGAGGGCUCGUCCGAGGACGCAGAGCCCGUGCAGCUGUACGAGACAAGCAGCAGAGCAGGAGCAGGUGCAGGUGCAGGACGGUUGGCGGAGCUUGUGAGGUCGCUGACGAGCCAGGAGAGCAUCGGGGACCGGAACAACUUGGAGCGGUUGUUGACGCAGAACUCGAAGGGCAUCUCGAGACUGGUGAGCAACAUGGAGGCGGACGGGUUCGGGGCGCUGGGCCCGUUGGAGCAGCCCAUCGACCUCGAGAAGAGCGUCACCGGGUUCCAGAACGACCCGCAGUCCGACUACCACGCGGAGGACCGGUGGCAAUAUGCGGUGGACCUCGACACGCAGAUGCGCUUGGUCGUGUUCACCGACAACGACAAGGAGGACCCGCGGAACUGGUCCGACGGGAGGAAGUGGUUUCUCACAGUACUCCUCGGGAUCGUGUGUUUCGACGUCGCCCUGGGCUCCGCCAUCGUCACAGGCGACAUCGAGGGCCCCAUGGUCACCUUCGGCGUCUCGCAGGAGGUGGUCAUCCUCACCGUGACGCUCUUUGUGCUUGGCUUCGGCUUUGGGCCCUUGCUCUUUGCCCCACUCUCGGAGGAGUUCGGCCGCCGGAUCAUCUACGUCGUCACCUUGUUCGUGGCGCUCGUCUUCAUCAUCCCCUGCGCCGACGCCAAGAACAUUGGCACCUUACUCGUGUGCAGACUCAUCGACGGUGUCGCCUUCUCGGCACCCAUGUGCUUGAUUGGCGGGAACUUGUCGGACAUGUUCACCGGUCCGCAGCGGGGGUUGGCCAUGAGCAUCUUCAGUGCAGCACCUUUCAUAGGCCCCGUCGUGGGGCCUCUCAUUGGCGGUUACAUCGGCGACAACGCCGGCUGGAGAUGGUUGUACUGGGUCCACCUCAUUUUCUCCGGGUGUGUCUACGUCGCCGUGGUGGUCUUUUUGCCCGAGACGUCGCAUGCGCAGAUCUUGAAGACGAGAGCUAAACAGUUGCGUAAGCUCACCGGCGACUCCCGCUACAGGUCUCUCUCUGAAUUGAAGGCAAGAACUGUCUCGGAAACGGUCAGGGAGACCUUGGGCAGACCCAUCGUCUUGUUGUCUGAGUUGAUUGUCUUCCUCCUCACCAUCUACAUGUCCAUUAUCUACGGCUUGUUGUACAUGUUCUUCUUCGCCUACCCAAUUGUCUACAUGGAGGGUAAGGGCUGGUCGGCGUCAAAAACAGGUUUGAUGUUCAUUCCCAUCGGUGUCGGCGUCAUCAUCGCCACCGCCGUCUGCCCCAUCUUCAACAACCACUACAACCGCAGAGCGAAAAAAUACACCGACCGGGGCCAGUUGCCUCCCCCAGAAUUGAGGUUGUUCCCAAUGAUGAUCGGCUGUUGGUUUGUUCCAGCCGGCUUGUUCUCCUUCGCAUGGUCCUCCUAUCCACAUCUCAGUUGGGCCGGCCCUUGUUUCUCUGGCUUGGCCUGUGGCUUCGGUUUCAAUUGCCUUUACAACCCGGCGAACAACUACAUUGUCGACUCCUACCAGCACUACGCCGCAUCAGCUUUGGCUGCUAAAACUUUUGUCAGAUCCGUCUGGGGCGCUUGUGUACCGCUCUUCACCAUCCAGAUGUACCACCGUUUGGGCUACGAGUGGGCUACCUCCUUGAUGGCCUUUAUCUCCUUGGCUUGCUGCAUUAUUCCCUUCUUGUUCUACACCUUCGGUGCGAGAAUCAGGUUGAGAUCCAGGUACGCGUACUCCCCUGCGGCCUCGGUGGAGCAGGGAAUGAAGUCAGUGCCAACCGUGGAGGAAGACGACGGAGGUAGCCUCGACAAGGAGCAUACAGUGUCCAGUUCCGCUUGAAAACCUCAUCUCACGACUUUCCCCCUAAUACCCUUUUUCCCUUUCUUGUUCAGUUCAGCUUAAUUUCUUCAAGUCCCUUCCGGGCUGUCAAACUAAUGUCUAAUCUAAUUAAUCACAACCUCAUCCGUUUCUUCAGCUACUGUAGUAGGUUCCACGCGUUGAAAAGUUUUCUUUUGUGGUCUUCACCGUCAAAAUGGUGCAAUGACUCCAGCCGUUCAAGCUGAUUCAAAAUGAUUCACGAUGAUUCCACGAGGCGAGCGUUUCUCGACAAAAAAAAUGACAUCUUGUUUCCUAGUUUCUUUCCACCCCGUACUGACGAUGAUGACCUUGCCUUUUGUUGGGUCUCUGCACUACCC